AUGAGUGCGGGCAGAGGCCGCGGCGAUGGAAAGCGGCCCGCGCACCUGGCCUUCCUCGACGGCCCCGACAAACGGCGGGAGCCGGAGCCGGCGGCCAAGUCGGACCGCGCGACCUUUCUUCGCGACGAGCACGGCGAAUUGGUCGUGAUUAAGCCCGGCGAAGAGCUGCCGCAGGAGGAGAAGACCGCGGAGGACGAGCAGUACGAGGCCUACCUGCAGGGUCGGGCGAGUGGCGCCAUACGUGCCAUUAACGGCUACUCGGAUGGCGUCGACCGCGCGGCGCUGGCCGACUCGGCUUCAGCGCGUGAUGCCGAGCAGCAGAGCGAGAGGCACCACAAGCCAGCGUCGGCGUACAACCGCGCGGCCAAGUUCAAGAAGCGGAGCGAGUCCUCCUCGGCCGGUGCGUCGGAGGAGACGGUGCGGAGCGCGGCCGCUUCGAUGGACGAGGCGAUGAAGCGGGCGCGCGAGGCGAGCGACAGUGAGGACGAGGACGUGCUCUCGCUCGGCGCGGCGGCGCUGGCAGACAAGGCCAUGGGCGUGUACAACGAGCCGGUGUCAUCGAUGCUGCAGCGGGACGUGCACGGCAACGAUCUGCGGCUGCCUGCGCUCGAGCGCAAGCUGCGCCGCUUCAGCGAGUGCUUCUCGGAGGAGGCGAGCGUGCGGACGGUGGACGGCCGGCCGGUCCUGCCGGACUUUGAGGCGCUCAAGAAGCGGCGCCCGGGCACCCAGAUGCCGGAAACGCGUCCCCUGUGCUCCGGCUGGCGCCUGAGAAGGCGUGCACUCGGCUACACCGUUUGGCCGCUGCAUCCACGCUGCAUUCGUAGCCGUUGUACAGUGUACGACACACCGUGUUCGCACCCUGGACUGCGGUGUACUCGUACUCCCAGGUACGGGACGGUGUUCCGCGAGUCUGGCGUCGGCCUGCGCGGAGGGUGGCGAAGGCGCUAUUGCUGGCAGGCGGCCGGGGGGAAGGCCUCUUCUCCUCGAAUGAUCGAACAAGGAGUACUGGGCCAGUCGUACCAAUGAAUAGGCGCCCGGCGGAGGCCUCCCCUCCUACUCGCUCGACUUCGAGGCGCACGAGUCGCUCGUCACGCCGCGGCCAGGACUCGCGCUCGACGGGUCGAUGGGCGUGACCGCGCCGCGCAGCCAGGAGCUGGUCGUGCUGUACGCGGCCGAGGGCGGCGAGAUCAGCGGCAUGUGGAUCGCACCGGACGCCGACAAACUCGGCGCCGCGGAGCGCUCCGUCAUCGACGCGUCGCCGCUGUACGGCAAGUUUGCAGCGCUGGUCGAGCGGCUCUCCGACGGCGCGAGCCUCGAGCUGAGCUAUUCGGAGGCGUGACCGGGGUUGAGAGUACUCUGGAGGCGUCCAGGAGCCCUCUCGCGAGCCAAAAUAGCAAUACUCAGAGUAUGCACACCGGGACACCAAUAUGGCAUAUUGAAUAAUUAUAUUU